CACAACUAGCGCUUUCAGAAACCAUGUCGUAUUUAUCUUUCUGUAUGGUCCGUCCGUGGGGAAUUAUGUUUCUGCGCGGAAGGUGCGUGAAGCGUUGAUGUGAUGGAUGUGCAUCGCAGCGCUCGUAAGACUGUAUAAGCACAUUGAUCGGUGGAGUUUAUUCAUGUUGUCGACAGUCACCCCUGAUCUGCCUCCAGAGAUCUCUCUACUCGGUACCCUUCCGCUACCAGCGCCUCGACCCCAAGCAGCAAACGCUGCCCUACCCUCGGCCCUCCUCGCACGCUCCCACAGGAAGCACGGUGAAGCGGGCCACGGCGGCCAGCCGGCACGCGGGAGCAUGGAGGUGGGCAUGCGUGUGGUCCGCGGUGUGGAUUGGAAGUGGGGUAACCAGGAUGAAGGCGAGGGUCACGCAGGUACGGUGGUGGAGAUCGGGCGUCAGGGCAGCACUACUACACCUGACAAAACUGUGGUGGUGCAGUGGGACAGCGGAACACGCACAAAUUACCGCACCGGCUACCAGGCCGCAUACGACCUGCUUCUGUACGACAAUGCACAGAUAGGUGUCCGACAUUCAAAUAUAAUUUGUGACAGCUGUAAGAAGCACGGCAUUAUGGGAAUGCGCUGGAAGUGUAAGGUGUGUUUCGAUUAUGACCUGUGCACUCAAUGUUACAUGAACAACAAGCAUGACCUGAUGCACGCCUUCGAGCGCUACGAGACGGCGCAUUCACAACCAGUGAGCUUGACGCCCCGACAGAACCUGUCCAGAAUCAUUCUGAAGGGAAUCUUCCAGGGCGUGAAGGUGGUCCGGGGACCUGACUGGGACUGGGGCAAUCAAGACGGUGGUGAGGGGAAGGUCGGGAAGGUGGUGGAUAUCCGUGGAUGGGAUCAGGAAUCGGGUCGUAGUGUGGCUAGUGUCACAUGGUCCAACGGCACCACAAACGUCUACAGGAUAGGUCACAAGGGGAAGGUGGACCUCAAAUAUGUGUCUGAUGUUCAAGGAGGAUUCUACUACAAAGAACAUCUGCCCAAAUUAGGUGAGCACGCGGAGCUGCAGCGGCAGGAGUGUGCAGACACUCACUCGUUUCAGCAGGGCGAUAAGGUCAAGUGUCUACUGGAGGUGGACAUCCUCAGACAAAUGCAGGAGGGACACGGAGGCUGGAAUCCCAAGAUGGCUGAGUACAUCUCCAGAAUCGGGACGGUGCACAGAAUAACAGACCGUGGAGAUGUAAGAGUCCAGUACAGCAACAACAUACGCUGGACAUUUCAUCCUGGAGCUCUGACCAAAGUGAAUACGUUUGCAGUGGGUGAGCUGGUGAAGGUUUUUGAUGACAUUGACAGUGUGAAGAGGUUACAGGUCGGUCAUGGAGAGUGGACAGACAGUAUGGCUCCAGCUUUGGGACAGGUUGGGAAAGUGUUGAAGGUGUAUGCAGAUGGUGACCUGCGUGUGGCGUUUGGAGGUCAGACGUGGACCUUUAACCCCGCGUGUCUGUCUGCUCAGCCCGGUGAGGUCGAUGCCAAUCUGAUGACCGCUGAGAACUCCAGCGAUUCAGGAAGUACGGUUAUUUCAGUCCUGGAGAAGUUGCUGUCUCAGUCCACAGAUCAGGAUCAUCCAGGGCGUCUGGUCAUCGAGGCGGCACAUGGGAGUGCCCUUAAAGUGCGUGAGCUGGUGCAGAAAUACCCAGACAAGGUCGAUAUAAAGAACCAGGGGAAGACGGCUCUGCAGGUAGCGGCUCAUCAGGGUCACGUGGAGGUGGUGAAGGUUCUCCUGCAGGCCAACAGCAGCAUUGAAGCUAAAGAUGAGGACGGGGACGCUGCGCUACACUACACUGCUUUUGGGAAUCAGGCAGAGAUUGCGCGCCUGCUGCUCAGUAAAGGAGCCAGUGUGAAUCUGUUGAAUAACUCCAUGUGUACAGCUCUGCACAUCGCCGUCAAUAAAGGCUUCACAGAUGUCGUGAGAGUACUGACAGAACACUCCGCUGACAUCAACCUGCAGGAUUCGUAUGGAGAUACACCGUUACAUGACGCCAUCGCUAAAGACUUCAGAAGCAUCAUUGAGAUUCUCACUGUGGUGCCCAACAUUGAUUUCACCCAGCAGAACAACCGUGGCUUUAACCUGCUGCAUCACGCCGCCCUCAAAGGAAACAAACUAGCAACUGAAAUGAUCUUGGCACGAGCACGACAGCUGGCUGACAUUAAGAAGGAAGAUGGUUUCUCUGCACUGCAUCUGGCCGCCUUGAACAACCACCGUGAUGUAGCCGAGAUACUCCUCAAAGAGGGUCGCUGUGACAUCAACAUCCGUAACAAUCGUAAUCAGACGCCACUGCAGCUGGCCGUGACUCAGGGUCAUGUGGCUCUCUUGACCCUGCUGGUGACAGAGGGUGCGGACGUGAACGCGGAGGAUGAGGAUGGAGACACGGCCAUGCACACAGCACUCAGCAGACAGCAGCUGACCACCGUCAUGAGCAGCAGCGAGGGCGAGGGAUCCGUUCUGUACAGCAGGUUGUGUAGCUCAGGUCUGAUGGGGAACACAGAGCUGAAUGUUGGUGCCGCUAUUGCUUGCUUCCUGGCACAGGAAGGGGCUGAUAUCAGUUAUGCCAAUCAUAAAGGUAAAAGUCCUCUGGACCUGGUGACGGACAGCACUGUACAACAACUCAUCAGGAGCUUCUCCGAGAAACACAGACUUCAAGCGGUCACGUGUGGGACGGGUAUGAGCAGCAGCAGUCUGAGGCGGGUUCACACUACACCCAACACCAUGACGAACCUGGCCAUGCCCAGUGUGACGGGCCCCAGCGAGUGCCUCAUCUGCUCUGAGCUUGCGCUCCUCGUGCGCUUCUCUCCUUGUCAACACAGCGUCACAUGCGAGGAAUGUGCUCACAGAAUGAAGAAAUGUAUCCAGUGUCAGGUGACAAUAACAAAGAAAAUUCGACAAGAUCAAACGGAAGUGGAGUGCAGCCCGAGCUCAGACAACUCAGAGCAGCAUAACCUGCUGGAGCAGCUGCAGUCGCGUUACAGACAGAUGGAGGAGCGCAUCACCUGCCCCAUCUGCAUCGACAACCACAUCAAACUGGUGUUCCAGUGCGGACACGCAUCCUGCAUCGACUGCAGUGCUGCGCUCAAAACCUGCCCCAUCUGCAGACAGACCAUCCGUGAGAGAAUCCAGCUGUUUGUCUGACGGACGGCGAGCACAUUUCAUGUCCAAUCAGAGAGUUUGUGCUUCAUUGUCUGUCCUGUCGAGCAUCUUAAUUUAGACAUAAUGCUGCCGCCUGCAAGAGCUGGACCAGUGAACAGAGGAUGUUAGUGGGCAGAAGAUGGCUUGACAAUGUAUGCUUGUCUGUGUGUAUCAUCUGAGGUUUUUUUGAUCGAUGGACAAGAAAAAUUUGAUUCAGGAGAAUGAUGGAUUUGUCGAAUAUGUUUCUUCACUGGUGAAUUCUGCUGUGAUAACUGUAACUGAAGUAGUUCAUUAGAGAUCACCAGAUGUUCUACAUGCUGCUGAAGUGAUAGAUUACAGUAAACCACAACACUCACUUACUAUUUCUUCUGCUUGAACUAAUCUCAUUAGUAGAAUUACAGCUCUACGGCUCGAUAUCACCAAACCUGUCAAAAACACAUUCUCACAUUGUGAAUUUGUCACAAAUUAUUUGAUUAUUUUGUGACUUUUUGCACUCCAAUUCAUUACUGUAAUUCACAGAAUCUCACCGUGGUGUGGAGCAAGUAAAUAUAUGUUCUUUACAUUGUUAAAAAAAAGUUGUUGUAUUUCUACAUCAUGGUAGUGUUUGUUGAACUGCCUUUAAUUUAUGUUGAUGUAAAGGGGGGGGGGAAUCUUUACUGUAAUACAUAAAAUUGCUUAAUUAGAGUAAUGAGAAUAUAAUGAGAAUCAUCGUUGAGAACAAUGACAGUUACAAAAAAACAUUUCGAUUCAUUUCAGUAAUGAGAAUGAGAUCUUUUUAGACUUAAUUGUUCAAAAAAAAUCUUAAUUCAAAUUAUUUGGAUUUGAGAAAAAUCUGUUUAUGUUAAUAUAGAUACCUAAAAGAAAAACUGUAUUACAGUAAACAUGACUGCUGUAUUGCAGUAAUAAAAAUUCAUCAUUAAGAAUAAUGGAAAUGAUUUUUUUGCUUUAAAGUAAUUAGAAUUUGGAGGGGAAAUAUACGUAAUUGUCAUGAAAAUAAUGUCACGAAGCAAAAAUAUUAAUAGUCCUAAAAUUGGCUAUAUUUCA